CGUCGAGGUAUGCUGGACCUGCGAGCUUAGCCUGAGUUGAAGGGAGAUCAACAAGAUUUCAAGAAGAUAAGUGCCGUCAACAAAAUCGCAGCGCGCGAGCUGCAUAGAUGCGCCGCGUCGGCGCCGUGUUGCUCCUCAAACCCAUCCUGUCCUUAGCUCUGACCAUGCACCACAUAGCGUCGCGCCGCGUGGUGCGCGCGGCGGCGCGGGCGGCCGGGCCUAGGAAGGCCGCGCGCGAGCCGUGCGUCGUCGAGGACGUCGAGGGCCUGUGCGGCGCGUACGACACCAUCCUCCUGGACCAGUUCGGCGUGGUCCACGACGGCAAGGUGCCGUACGACGGCGCGCCGGAGCUCGUGCGGCGGCUGCAGCGGGCGGGCAAGCGCGUCGUCGUGCUGUCGAACUCGAGCAAGCGGCGCCGCGACACGAUCGAGCGGCUCGAGGCCAUGGGCUGCGGCGCGGGCACGCUGCGCGACCGCGCGGACACGCCCGACGGGCGCCCGGCGAUCUCCGCCGUCACGUCGGGCGACCUCGUGCACGACGCGCUCGCGGCGCGGGCGCGCGGCGCGCCGGCACCGCUGCUGGACGGCGUCGCCGGGCCCGCCGGCCGGGGCCUGCGGGCCUUCGUCUUCGGCAACGGCGACGACGACGAGGCUUAUCUUGUGUCCUGCGGCGUGGCGCCGGCGCGCGUCGAGGAGGCCGACUGCCUCCUCGCGCGCGGCCUCUUCGCGACGCUGCCCGGCGGGCCGCUGGCGUGGGACGCGGACGACGCGUGCGACGACGUCCUGGCGGCGGCCGCGGCGCGGGGCCUGCCGCUGGUGGUCGCGAACCCGGACCUCGUGCGGCCCGACGGCCGCGCGUCGCCGAUGCCCGGCCGGCUCAUGGCGCGCUACGUGACGCGGUUCGGCGGCGCCGCGCACCCCGUGGGCAAGCCGUACCCCUACAUCUACGAGGAGGCGCUGCGGCGCUGCGCGCCCGCCGGCCGCGUGCUGGCCGUCGGCGACUCGAUGGCGCACGACGUCGCCGGCGCGAACCGCGCGGGCGUCGACUCGGCGCUCGUCUGCUGGGGCAUCCACGCGGCGGACGUGGGCGUCGCGCCCGGCUCCGCCGCCGUGCCGCUCGACGCGGCGAGGCUCGCCGCCUUCCUGGCGGCGUUCGAGCCCCGCGACCGGCCGACGUUCGUCCUCCCGGCCUUUCGCGUGUAAGUCGUCCGUCGUAGAA